ACUUCCAAACCCCGCCAAAAAUAGCUGCCUCAAUCCCGACGACGUCUUGUUGUGUCUAUCCAGAGCCGCCUCUUUCGAACGCCCAUCCAGAUUAACUGAUUUGCGCAUCCAUCCAUCCAUCCAUCCAUAUAUCUUCCUGAAUUCCGAGAGAACUCUUCCUGUCAACAUGUCCUGGCAAGCCUAUGUUGACUCGAGCCUUGUGGCCUCUGGUCAUAUUGACAAGGGUGCUAUCAUCAGUGCUGCUGGGGAUAGCGUAUGGGCGAGCUCUCCAGAUUUCCAGAUCAAACCCGAGGAGCAGAAGGCACUUGUUGAUAUACUGAACAACUCGGGCGGUGCUGUGGAAAAGGCCCAUUCCGACGGUGUUUAUGUGACCGGCAUUCGCUUCGUUGUGACCAAGAUUGAGGACAGAAGUCUCUAUGGCCGACAGGGGAGGACAGGCAUUGUCGUUGUCAAGACAAAACAGGCAGUCCUAGUUGGAUACUACGAUGAGGGCAAGGUGGCCGGCAACGCAGCACAGACCGUCGAAGCCCUCGCGGACUACCUAAUCAAUGCUGGCUACUAACAAGAACUCGUCACCACUAUCCGCUGGGUGGGAUAAGAGCAUGCUGUGAUGCUGAGGACUACAUGAGCAUGGAUGACCAGGCUGCCUCGCAGGUGGAAGAGGCGAGCCACACAAUUUUCCUCUAGAAGAACACAGGAGUGGAUGGAUUUUCUGAUGUUUGGCUGCCAAGUCCGUUUCUUUUAUUCCCCCCCCGUUGCUACUAUGGCGAGGACCAUUCUCCCGAUGAGGGCUUCUCCAUAACCACACUCCGGACAGCCGUUUGUUGUGACCACCUUUUA